AAAAAAGAACUGUAUGUAGAUAAGCAGCGAACUUUUGCGAUUGCUAUUUAUUUAAUAUAAUCUGCUUGUUAAGGAGAAGGUUUUAACAAAGAAACUAAAGCAUCAGCAUGUCGAUACUAAAUGUGGUAUGUCCAAUAUGUACAGAAGUUUUUAAAAAUGCAGAUGAUAUUUAUAGCACCAGUUGUGGACAUAUUUUCCACUUUUCCUGUAUGCAAGACUGGAUGAGGCGAUCAACAAGUUGUCCCAAAUGCCGUCAAUACAAUCCAACAACCUAUAAACUGUAUUUAAGUUUCGACGAUUCAGAAGAAAGUUUGCAAAAAUUUCAAGAAAUUGAAUUGAAAUUAAAAAGUUCAAAUGAAAAAAAUGCACAGCUUUUAGACCAAAUAAAUGAAACUGAAUUUAAUUUCCUACAUCUGCAGGAGCAGUUCACUGCUUCCGAACGUGAAAAGAGAGAGCUUGAGGAUAAAAUCAGGCAAAUUGGUGAUAGUGAUCAAAACUUCUUACAUCUUCAAGGGCAGUAUACUGAGUCUUCAGAACUAGUUAAACAUCUUCAAGAACAGAUACAACUUUUAAAAAUUAAUAAUGAAAGCAAAUCAAUAGAACUAAACCUAAAAAACAUGGAAAUUGACUCAUUGAAAGCAGGCUUACAGCCAGAGAAGAGCCCUUUUAAUGAUAGUAUUAUGAAUGAUAAAAUAAGAGUUUUAGAGCAGAAAUUAAAACACAUUUCAGCAGAGUUUGAAAAAGAAAUAGCUAUUAGUACUCAACUAUCGAUAGAUAAAAUGAAAUUGGAAAGUUACAUUAAGCAUCUCAAGUCAGCAGAUGGCAAUACAAAAAACAUUUUAAAGCAAACCCAUGAAGAUUUGUCCAUGAAACGAGAUAAUCAAAAAAGUGUAAACCUUAAAAAUGAUUUGUUAAAAAGUAACUCCAAUCAAAAAAGCAAUAACAGCGAUACAUAUGUUUUUAUAAAAGAUUUGCCGUUAGAUCAACUUUUAAUACCUUUUGAAAAUAUAAUCAUUAGACUAGCUUCGAAGAUGUCUCUUAACAUCUCGGCAGAUGAUUUGGUUAAAGUAGAUAUUGUGGAUAAUAAUAAGCAAACAUCUUCUAAUGCCCAGUUAGUAGUUCAAUUUAAAAGCAAAUCCCUGAAAAAUAAUUUUCUAGCAAAUAAACAUCUUUUGAAAAAUGAUCCCUCUACUAGUUCCAUUAUAGUUGGUGAGUAUAUGGAUGAUCAACUUCAUGCCCUACUUAUGUAUGCCAAGGAAAAGCUCAGAAAUAAUGGAUACAAAUAUGUUUUUUAUAAAAAUAAUCAAAUUUUUGCAAAGAAACAUCGUAGUCAUCCUAAAGUGAUACGCAUUCAUAACAAAGACCAAGUGGACAGUUUACAAAAUAAAGGAAAAAAUUAUGAAUCAGGUGCGAAUGCUCCGCCUGCUAUUGUAACAGAAUGUAAAAUUGAUGAAAAUUACUAUCAAAUUUAAAAGUGCCAACUGUUAAUAGGUAUGUAUUUAUUUACAUACAGGUUUUUGCAAAAAUAAGUAAUUUUUAAUUGUAUAUCUUAUAUAACUAUGAAGCAAACAUUUAAUUCGAUUACAAAUGUAUUCAUAUAAAUUAUUCUCAUAAUUUUUUUAAUAAAAAUAUAAUUUUCUUAA